AUGGCGACAGACAUUCAAUCUAAUGAAUAUUCGCUUGCUGAGACGAAACGCCAUAAGCCUUGCUUGAUCUAUUGUGGUCACCGUUACGUUCAAGAUAAAAUUCAAAAUCGUACGAUCUACUGGCGGUGCGAAGAUCGGUCACAUUGUAAUGGUCGAGCGCAUCAAUUAGUUGGCAACGGGUCGUUACCGGUUCUAACGAUAAGACAUAAUCAUUCGCCGAUCAUCGAAGAUCUCGCAAGACAUGACAUUGUGUCUGUUGACAGCCAUCGUCGUCGACGCCGUCAAAACCGGAAAAUCAUAUCGAAUCAUUCCAUUGAACCGAAUGAUCGCCCAUAUUCAUCAGAUACAGCAAACAUGAGUUCAUCUAUCAAAUACGAAAAUCUACAGAGUAAACAGCAUGCAGCUAUGGUAAACAAUCUUCAACUUUCAGAGGUGAUCACCACAUCUGCCGCUCCAAAUGUACAUCUGCUUAGUCAUCCUAAUACAUACUAUCAUCGUCAUUCUCAUCAGUCGUUUGUCGAUCCAAUUGAGAUGACGAAACUACUGAAUAACAUAACCGCAAAUAAUUCAUCCAUAAGAAAAUCCCAUGUUCUAACAGCAAUGGACCAGCCAAGUCGGUUGAAUCAGUUUUCGUGGGAAGAAAUCGAAGGACGAUAUUUACCGGUCAUUUAUAGACAUGAAAAUAGCAUCUAUCAUCGUUAUACAUCGAAAAUGUACGUGGAAAAUACUCUCUUUCAAACUGAAUCAUGGCAACGACAUUUAGCCUUAGCUCGUUCUCUUCCGCCACUGGUCUCAUAUUCGUACACGGAAAAUGAAUCGAAACUAUUUCGUUCGAUUCUUGAAUGGCAUUUAGCAAGUGUUCAUUUCAAAACAAUCCCAUCGACAGAUUGUCUCAUCCGGUACGAAGAUCUUCUAGAAUUCUACAAAACAUUACGAAAACUACGAGAUAACACAUGGUCGGCGACUUAUAAACGUCCUAUCGCACCAUCACUACCAUCCUCCACGGUAGUGCCAAAAUCUGAUGUGCCGCCAACAGCGUUUGAACUACCUACACAAGUUGUUUCAUCGAUGAAGAGUUCACCGCAAACCCCACUACUUCCAUCUAAUUGCGAUACUUCUUUACAAAAAGCACGUUCAAAUCAAUCGACUCCAACGAAUUCGAAAGAAUCGGGUUGGGUGCAAAUCAAUAACGUUUUCGUGCCUUACAUCGUUAAACUAAAAGUAUGCGAAAAUGAUUUGACUAAAUCUCAAACACGUCCACUGACAUCUCAAUUCCAACGUGAAUUCUAUGUUCCAUAUGAAAUUCUGAUUAAAUGCAACAUCUUCACCGAUCAAGAAUAUUCAUUGAAACAAUUCCUUAUCAAAGCUACACAGCAAGACUUCGACAUUCUAAAUAGUCUCAUUACAAAUAUAAACAUCUUCGACGAAAAAGUACCGGAAAAAACUCUACUUGUCAAUCUCCACCAUGUGAUGAUCGCUCUCGAUCGCGUCCUUUACGUCAAAUUCCUACCGAGUAAACAACCACGUACGCAAGUGAAUAAGUAUCAUGCCAAUGUUCUAGCGCACAAAGGUGGUACAUUACUAAUGAAUGGUAAUAAACUCAUUCCAUACAUUGUUCAGAAUAAUCGGUUCUAUGUGCCGCUUCUAUACACAUUUCAAUCCUUGCCAAAUGUACUUUUACAAGCAAAACGUGGUGCACGUGCGCCAAGACAAUACGAAAUUGAUUACAUCAAUUUACUAUUCAUUUAUUUCUCUAUUGAUAUACCGCCAUUAACGCCAGAUAAUUUACUUGUCGAUAUAUUCAAUAUAAAAUGUCCCAGCUUACAAUCGCCAGUUCAUUUUCGUACAUUACUUGAACACCAACAAUACGAAAAGAACAAAUUAUUGAAUGCUACUGCGAAUAGUACAUCACCGGCGAAAUCGAGCGCUGGAUCGUCAGUAGUACAAAAGUCAAGUAAAUGUCAACCAACGAAUGUCGUCAUCAAUCCAAUGAUUCAUCAUCCAUCUUUCUAUGCGUAUUCCUCGUCGAAACCGACUCCAUUGAUAAAACAACAAGUGGAAGUCAAGACGAUCUUCUAUGAGCAUUGUUCGUUGAGUGCAAUUGUUAAAUCAGUUGAUACACCGGUCAAUGAUUGGAAAAUAUCGAUUAGGAACAUAUUUCAACAGUUUUCUGUCGACAUUGAUUAUCAUAAGUUUGUCCAAUGGGUUCAAGCGAAUUCACUUUUACGAUUGACUAAAUUGGAUGAAGACGAAAGGAGGUUUAUGAAAGCUCAUUCACUAAUGAAUAGUGAGAACGAGGAUUAUUAUAUUUCUCAACAACACCUUGAAAGAUGUAUCACACUUCUGAAUGAUCUCAAACAUGGAUCCAUUGGUAUGACCUGCUCAUCAUCCUCGGACAAUGAAUUGCAACGGCAACAACAACUGUUCAAAGCGCCGUUGAUAGGUGCUAAAAAGCGUAAAACGGUAGCUUCAACAGCCAGUAUAGAUCCGCUAACAGUAAGCAAUGAAGCCGAUCCACUCGCAAAGGCCUCCUCUUGUGAUACCGGGUCUUCACUUCCAAAUCGUUCAGAUGCGUUGAUAGCAAAUGAUACAGGCGUGAAGUCACCCAAUCAUCAAGCAACUUGCACGAUAGUCAGUGAUCAUGAUGACGAUAAUGAUGAUGAUGACGACGACGAUAUGAUGCCUGUGGUCGCUUCCGUCGAGGAAGAACAACCGUUGGAAGAUUUACCACAAUUAGAUGUUGAUAAUUCGUUUGUUAUUGUUGAUUCCAGUGAUUGUAAUGACGAAAGAAUUCAACUUGAUGAUACAAAUCCUUCGUGCUCAUCUGGCUAUGAAUCUUCGAUAGCAUUGACAAAUGUUGAUAUGCACAAUCAUGAGGAUAACGAUGAAAACAAUUCACUCACCGAUUCUAAGUCGCAAUCAUCUAAGAAAUCUGUGAAUGAUUCGAUGUUUCUCUCAAUGAAUCAGACAAGGACUAACAAGAAACGGCAACGGUACAAAUUUGGCAAAUCUCGUAUACGGCCACGCUCGACCACUCCUCGAGUGGUGAAAAAGCCUCGGUCCAUGGAGGAAGACUUUUCGCUGGUAACUGUUAUCACACACGAUCAGAUCGAACGGCAUCUACGAACACUAUUCAUGUCGUUCAACGAAUUACGUCGUACACGAACAAGAUCAGCGAAGAUACCGAGCCGUCUUGGAGAACAAACUCUGAUAUCACUUGAUGAUGACAAUUCUGAAGCAAUGACCGAAGUGGAUUCCAAUGUGUUUGACAUUCUCACUUCACCGACGACACCAGAGCCGAAACACGAUGCAGAAUCCAACGAGGAAGCCCAUUCACCAUAUGCAUACAAUAUCAUCAAUGCCAACAAAUCAAAUAAACUUGGUGCGACAAUAAAGAAAGUCAGUGAAUCCGAUGUUCCAGAGUGA